AUGCCGCGUCCGCUCCACCUCGCGUCCUCCUUCUUCCCGACGGGCGCGUCCGUCUCCGCGCCGCGAUGGCGUUCGUUCGCGUCGGGCGCGUCCGCGCGCGCGGAGGACGGCGCGCGCCCUCGGCAGCCCCCGCGCUCGAGGUCGACGGCCGCGCGCGCGUCCGCGAGCCGCGAGCGCGGCAGCGCGUUCUCCGCCGCGCGCUCGUCGACGCGCGUCGUCUCGAAGAGUUCGCCGGCGGCGUCCGCGGCCGCGGAGGAGCGCCUCGCGGCGGCGGACGGCGGGGCGAAGGAGCGGACGCUCGUGAUCGUCGAGUCCCCCGCCAAGGCGACGUCCGUGCAAAAGUACUUGGGACAGUCGUACCAGGUGCUCGCGUCCUACGGGCACGUGCGCGAUCUCGUGGAGAAGCAGGGCAGCGUCCUUCCGGACGACGGGUUCGCGAUGCGAUGGUCUCUGCAAGGAAAGAGCGGCGUCGUGAAGAGCAUCGUGGAGAGCGCGGAGCGAUGCGGCGGCGGCGUCGUGCUCGCGACGGACCCGGACAGAGAAGGCGAAGCCAUCGCGUGGCACAUCAGCGAGCUGCUCAAAGAGCGCGGGUCGCGAAAGAAGAAAGACGCGCCGACGGCGAUAUCUCGCGUCACGUUCACGGAAGUCACGAGAGACGCGGUCGUGAAGGCGUUUAAAGAACCGAGGGAGAUAAGCGUCGAGCUCGUGCACGCCUACCUGGCGCGACGCGCUCUGGACUACCUCUUCGGGUUCAAGCUCUCCGGGGUGCUGUGGCGGAAGAUCCCUUCGUCGGAGAGGCUCUCCGCGGGGCGCGUGCAGUCCGCGGCGCUGCGGUUGAUAUGCGAGCGCGAGAUGUCGAUCGAGCGGCACGUCAAGGAGGAGUACUGGAGCGUGGUCGCGGGGCUGGAACGCGCGAGCGGCGUGAAAAAAUCCGACGGAGACGCGUCCGGACGAUUCGUCGCCGAACUGCACCGCGACGCGAGCGGCGCGCGGCUCGCGAAGGGCGCGGUGAAUUCGAAACAGAUCGCGGAGGCGGUCUCCAACGAGAUCCUCGCCGCGAAGGACACGCUGUACGUCGCCACCGUGGAAGAGAAGGAGGCGACGACGAAACCCAAGCCGCCGUUUACGACGUCGACGCUGCAGCAAGAGGCCAACGCGAAGCUCGGGUUCGGGUCCGCGCGGACGAUGAGCGCGGCGCAGAAACUAUACGAGGGGAAAGGGUUCGGGGAAGGGUUGAUCACGUACAUGCGAACGGACGGGUUGCACGUCGGUCCGGACGCGGUGAAGGCGAUACGCGCGGUCGCGACGGAGGAGUUUGGCGCGAGCUACGUGCCGGCGACGCCGAACGCGUACAAAAAGACGCAAAAAAACGCGCAAGAGGCGCACGAGGCGAUUCGUCCGAUCCGCGCGGAGCUCCUCCCGAACGCCGUCAGCGCGCGUCUCGGCGCCAACUCCGACGAAGCGAGGCUGUAUAAGCUCAUAUGGAGCCGCACGAUGGCGUCGCAGAUGUCGCGCGCGGUCACGAGACGCAUCGCCGCGGAGGUCAAGUCCGCGUCCGAAGGGUGCGAGCUCGCGUUGAAAGCGAACGGGUCGCGUCUGCUGUUCUCCGGGUUCCUAGCCGCGUACGCCCACGGCGGUCGAACGUCCGGCGACGACGACCGCGACAAGCGCGACGCGUGGCUCCCGGAGCUCAAGCCCGGGGAUACGAUCAACCUGCGCGCGCCGCAGUCCGUGCGCGUGAUCGAGCGCGACAAGGACGCGAAGCGAGGCGGGCUCGCGAAAAAAAAAUCCGACCAAGCCGACGACGAGGACGCCGUCGACGUCUCCGAGACGCUGUCUUCCGUGGACACGUCCGCGGGGAUAACCGCGCUGCAGCACUGGACGCAACCUCCCGCGAGAUACACCGAGGGCGCGCUCGUGCGAGCGAUGGAAGAGAAGGGCAUCGGCAGGCCUUCGACGUACGCGUCGAUAGUAAAGGUGAUGUUGAAGAGAGGGUACGUCGUCGGCGGCGGCGGGAAAGGGCCGCUGAUCCCGGAGACGCGCGGGCGGAUGGUGAGCUCUUUCCUGACGCACUUCUUCGACGAGUACGUGGACUACGGCUUUACCGCGGGUUUGGAGGAUAAGCUCGACGACAUCGCGUCCGGGGACGCGGAGUGGAAGGACGUCAUGUCGAAGUUUUGGAAGCCGUUCCACGGCGACGUUCAGGGGUUGCAGAACAUUCGCACGUCGCUCGUGGUGGACGUGCUCGACGCGACGCUCGGCGCGCAUUUCUUCGGGGACGACGAGAGCGAGACGAAGGCGCGCUUGGACGCGAUCGCGGCGACGGCGGAGCCGCCGCGAUCGGAGGGCGACGCGGCUGCGCCCAAGCGCGCCGGCGACGCGUGGAAGUCCCCAGACUACGACCCCGCGACGCUGCGAGCGUCGAGAAGAUGCCCCGCGUGCGUGGACGGCCGUUUAGGUUUGAAACUGUCCAAAAACGGCGGUUUCAUCGGCUGCAGCAACUACAACACCGACACGAAGUGCGCGUACGCGCGGCCGAUAUCGACGACGAACGGCGACGACGCCGAAUCGAUGAGGACGGAUCCGUGGCUCUCGGACGGCGAGAUCGGCGUCGACCCGGAGACGUCGCGAACCGUGAGCGUUCGUCGCGGACCGUACGGACCGUACGUGCAACUCGAUCCGACGGCGAACGAGGGGACGCCGCGGACGUUCGGUCUCCAGAACGUCCCGGAGGUGACGGCGGAUAAGCUGACCCUGAACGUCGCGCUCGCGCUUUUGAAGUACCCGAUGACGCUCGGGGUUCACCCCACGGAAGGGGGAGACGUCACGAUGAAAAUUGGGCCGUACGGGUGGUACGUCAAUCACGGAGACGUAAACGCGCACAUUCCCGCGAAGACGUUAAAACGCGUCAGGGACGACGCGAGAGCGGCCGCGAUGAUGGACGAGCCGUACGAAGACAAGAUCGACGACUUCGCGUUCGAGCACGCGGACGCGGAUGAAGAGGAAGAGGAGGAGGGCGAGAUGGACGCGGAGGAGCUCGAGAGCGCGAAGCUCGACGGCUUAGGUCUCGAAAGGGCGUCGCCGACGAAGACGACGACGUCGGAGGAGCGCGACGCGGUCUUCCUCGCGCGGUUCGCGCCGAUACCCCUCGACGUCGCGGUCGAGCUCAUCACCGAACGGAAGAACAACCCGAGGACGGGAAGGGGGUUCCGAGGACGCGCGAAGAAAGACAAAGAGGUCGCGAGCGCUUCCGCGACGAAGGGGAAAACAUCCAAAACGAAAGCGGCGGCGACGCCGAAACCGAAACCGGAACCGAAACCGAAGCGAACGCGCGCGCCGUCGGCGUUCUUCCUGUACUCCGCGGAGAAGCGACCGACGCUCGAACCCGGGUUACGAGCGCCGGAACAGGCGAAGAUUUUAGGCGCCGGAUGGAAGGCGCUCGGCGACGACGAGCGCUCCAGGUACGAGCGCGAGGCCAGGGACGCGAAGGCCGCGAUGCCGGCGGACGACGCGGCCGCGGCGAAGAGAGAGAAGAAAAAGUCGACGCGCACGCCGUCCGCGUACGUGCUGUUCUGCGCCGAGGAGCGCGCGAACUUGCCGCCGGGGUUGAGCGGCCCCGGACAGAUGAAGCUUCUCGGCGCGAAGUGGAAAGAAAUCGACGCCGUCAGCAGGGCGCGGUUUGAAGUAGCCGCGGCGGACGCGAAGGACGCGGCGGCGGCGGCGGCAGCGUAG